AUGGCACCAUCUUUGUGGCCUGCGGAGAUGAUCCGGAACUAUGCGACUUUCAUAAAUCAUUCCCGCUCCACGACAGGGAGGCAGCUCGGUGUGUGUAUCGGCACGUUCAAGUCCUGCGGCCGCGAUACGGCGUUCGGAAUCAAUGGCAUCUAUUUCUUUCCACAUCGUCGUAAAGAGAUGCAGACAUCCACCAGCAUUCAGCUAAACCUUAUCUCAGGAUCGUAUGCUGUAGCGUUGCCUUACCGUUCUAUCUUCGGGACAGGGCCGGCCCGUUCUAACCUCACGGUCAUUAACCUUGGACGCGAUGACAAUGAUCACGAGGUCGCGAUCAUUCAACGAUCAUCAUUCACAGUUGUCAAGACUGUAAUCUCCAGUUGUCAGCAACACAGAUCAUUCACCGUCGUCAUGAUUUCCGCAAUUACAGCCGAUUUCCUUGACUACUCAUUGGGGGUGGGCAUAUGGCCCUCGAGCAUGAGGACGCCGGAAAUUGGAGGGGACUAUUCAUUCUACAGGACGUCGAACGGCGAUCUAUCAGACCGGAUGUUUUCAAUCAAAGUUAUGGGAUGUUACAGGGAUGGACUCAUCGCCCACAUCCUUGAGUCGAAGCGCAGUAAAACGGGCCCAGUACCACCUCCUAAGACAUACCCGUCGACCCUGAAGGCGGGUGUUUUCAAUAAACGUGGUAGGUGGGCGGAUCGAAAAACGCGCUCGAUCACCUUGAAACACGAUCGAUCUGGGCCCUUGAUAGAUCGAGAGGAGGAGUCGGGGAGGACGGCGGAUAUUUCUUCUCAUGGUAUGGCUGGUGCAUGUCUGAUUAGUCCAAGUAAACCUGUCGAUGCGAGGGGCGCAAUGAAGAUGAACAAUCCCGUGACAUCUACCCUCACGGCGAUGCCGUCAAAGGUACCUCUCGGUCAGAAGACUUUCCAUCCAGCACAGACCCGCGCUCAGGCUCUCUUCAUUUCGGAGAUACCGGAGAUGUUGAAAGGUGAAUCAGAAGGUUUCGGGGGGGUAUGA